AUGAGUUAUAUUCACCGAUAGUAUUCAAUAUCUCUUUCAAAAAUAGAAAUCCACCAUAUGUUUUUGGCUGGUUGCCUGCCACCUUCCCCCACCCUGCACACCGUCAUCAAUAAACAGUGUGUCAAAGAGUGAGAUUACAGCAACACAACCUUGGAGUCAGCGACAAUGUUCCAAGAAUCACUCUGAUCAGUUUACAUUUACAUUUACAUGUUUCCACUCCAUUACAAGUGUAUUCUUCUCUGUCAUCUCCACCGCUUCCGCCACCCUUCAUUCAAAUAAACCGCCAUCUCCGCCAUAUGUUUUAGACACACACACACACACACCAAAAGCUUCGACAACAAUGGAGGCCAUCACUGUUUACAAGCUUUUAACUUUCUUCCUAAUCUUUACACACCUGCAUCUGGUUAAGAGUACAGUGACAUAUGAUCAGAAAUCUUUAAUCAUCAAUGGCCAAAGGAGAAUCCUCAUUUCUGGCUCCAUACAUUACCCCAGAAGCACCCCUGAAAUGUGGGAAGAUCUUGUAAUUAAAGCGAAAAAUGGGGGAUUAGAUGUCAUUGAUACUUAUGUGUUUUGGAAUGUUCAUGAGCCUUCCCCUGGUAUUUAUGAUUUCAGUGGAAGAUAUGAUCUUGUGAGGUUUAUAAAAACAGUAGCAAGAAAUGGACUUUAUGUGAAUUUACGCAUUGGACCUUAUGUUUGUGCUGAAUGGAAUUUCGGGGGUUUUCCUGUAUGGUUAAAAUAUGUUCCGGGUAUCAGCUUCAGAACAGACAAUGAACCAUUUAAGGCAGCUAUGCAAGGAUUCACACAGAAAAUAGUUGGGAUGCUGAAGGCUGAAAACCUGUUUGAAUCACAGGGAGGUCCAAUCAUCCUCUCACAGAUUGAAAACGAGUAUGGUGCACAAGGGAAGUCAAUUGGAGCAGCCGGAAAAGCAUACAUAAAUUGGGCUGCAAAAAUGGCAGUUGAACUAAACACUGGAGUCCCAUGGUCCAUGUGCAAGGAAGAUGAUGCACCCGAUCCUGUGAUAAACACAUGCAACGGAUUCUAUUGCGACACUUUUACUCCUAAUAAACCUUACAAGCCCACAAUAUGGACGGAAGCUUGGAGUGGCUGGUUUACAGAAUUUGGUGCACCGAUUGAGCAGCGACCAGUACCUGAUUUAGCAUUUUCUGUGGCGCGUUUUGUACAGAAAGGUGGAUCAUUUUUCAAUUAUUACAUGUAUCAUGGUGGAACAAAUUUUGGACGCACAAGUGGAGGACCUUUUAUCACCACAAGCUAUGACUAUGAUGCUCCCAUCGACGAAUAUGGCUUAAUCAGAGAACCUAAAUACGGCCAUUUGACCGAGCUUCACAGGGCCAUUAAGCUUUGCGAACCGGCUUUUUUUUCUUCAGAUGCUAAAAAUAUUUCUCUAGGACAGAGGCAAAAUGCAUAUGUGUAUGAAGGAAACGGAAAUUGUGCAGCAUUCCUCUCAAAUUUUGAAAUGGAUUUUGCUGUUAGAGUUGUGUUCAGGAAUCACCAUUAUAAAUUGCCACCUUGGUCCAUUAGUAUUCUCCCCGAUUGCAAAAAUGUUGUGUUUAAUACUGCAAAGAUUGGAACUCAAACUUCACGGAUGAAAAUGGUGCGUACGGGUUCUAGCUUAGAGUCAUGGGAGACUUACCAUGAAGAUAUUUCUACAUUGGCAAGUGGGCCCUCUUUGACUUCGGUUGGACUCAUGGAACAAAUAAAUAUCACUAGAGAUUCAAGUGAUUACUUAUGGUACACGACUAGCAUCGAUACUAGAUUAUCAGAGACAGGUCCUCGUAAAGCCACUCUGACGGUUCAGUCUAGAGGCCACGGAGUUCACAUUUUCGUGAACGGACGGCUUUCAGGGUCAGCGUAUGGGUCCCGGGAGACCACUAGAUUUACAGUUAGAGCACCCGUCGAACUCCGAGGCGGAACGAAUAUAAUCUCACUGCUUAGCAUUGCUGCAGGACUACCAAAUGUUGGAACACACUUUGAAUCAAGGGAUACAGGAAUCCUAGGACCCGUUUCUCUCGAUGGACUUGACCAAGGAACGAUCGACUUAUCAAGAGGGACUUGGACUUACAAGGUUGGGUUAAACGGGGAGACGAUGAAUUUGAAUUCGCCAAAUGGUGUCUCGUUUGUAGACUGGAGUCGAGUUUCAUUAGUCAACCAACAUCAGCAGCCAUUGAAAUGGUACAAGGUUUAUUUUGAUGCACCUGAAGGCAACGAGCCACUGGCUUUGGAUAUGAAGAGCAUGAUCAGAGGUCAAGUAUGGAUCAAUGGUCAAAGCAUUGGAAGAUAUUGGACCAAACAUGCAAGUGGAAAGUGUGGCUCUUGCAAGUAUACUGGAGCUUUCAGACCCGGAAAAUGUCAAGUGGGCUGCAAUGUACCAACCCAGCGAUGGUAUCAUGUACCUCGAUCAUGGUUAAAGCCAAGGCAAAAUCUAUUGGUGUUAUUUGAAGAAGUUGGGGGGAAUAUAUCGAAGAUAUCUCUGGUGAAAAGAACUCAAGUGAAUGUUUGUUCUUCUACAUUUGAGCACCACCCUGUCAUCUCCAACUACCAAACUGAGAGCUCAGGUGAAACCACUAUGCUUCAUGACACAAAGGUCCGCCUGCAGUGUGGGCUUGGCCAAUCCAUUUCUUCAAUCAAGUUUGCAAGCUUUGGGACUCCUUUUGGAAGUUGUGGAAGUUUUCAACAGGGCACGUGUCAUGCACCCAACUCUCUUGAGCUCAUAGAGAAGUCAUGUGUUGGCCAGGAGAGUUGUGAGGUGAUGGCUUCAAACAAUUAUUUUGCGACGGAUCCGUGUCCUAAUGUCUUGAAGAGGUUAUUGAUUGAAGCUGUUUGUUCUAUCUAACCGAACUAUAUAGGUUAGAUUGACCAUGGUGAGGGAACCAAGAAGUAUUCAGCUAAAAGAUCAUGGUUCGUGAACAUGAAGGAGUUGAGGUUAAUGAGAUACAACAACCUAGAUGAUAGGAUUUCAUUUAAGGAUUUAGAAACUAAGUUUUGGUGAAGAAAGCAAUAAGAAGAAAUAAUAUUAUGGAGAUCGGACACCAUGAAUAAAGUGGUUUUGUGUAGACAAGUGAUAAAUGUGUACAUGAUAUGCUAUGCAAAUGUAAAAAUUAUGGUGCCAGAUGUUAUAUGAGGGAGAUAAAUAUUUGAUCCGAUGAGAUGGAUUUACCCAUUGUUAGAAAUUCGGAUUUUCAUGCA